AUGCACGUGUUUGUGUCUGCAGCCCUGCGCAGUGGAACAGGUCAGUCGGUGGUGAACGGACGCUGGGCGGUCGAUCCUCCGGGAGAGUAUCAGGCAGGAGGAACUACCUUCCUGUACAGCCGACCCAAAGCUGGGCCUCAAGAGCAGGGAGAAGAGAGAGGAGAAACCCUCAGCGCUCCUGGACCCACAACAGCCCAGCUGCAGCUAUACAUUAUUUUCCACCGGCAGAAUCCAGGCAUAGACUAUGAAUAUUACAUCCCAGUGGAGAAACAGAGGGACGGAGAGAGAGAAAUACACAGAGAGAGAGAGCGAGGACAGGCGGCGCUCCGAGAAAUCAGUGGCUUCUCAGUGGCAGUGGAGAACCCUAUCGCUCCUCCUCCUGUGACGUCUUCUGCCUCCUCACCUCCAUUUUCAUUCCCUUCCUCCUCAUCUUCCUCAUCAUCUUCCUCUGUAUCUGAUCGAUGGCCACAAGAGAGGCCCCGCCCACAGGGCUUAGGACCCAAUCGUAACGCUCGAAUCCCUCCAAGAACAGACCUCCCAUUGGACAAUCAGCCUGCGUUCGUGUGGCGAAGAGGCGCGCUGACAGAAUGCACUGUUACCUGUGGAAAAGGCUCUCAGUACAGAGAGAUUGUGUGUGUGAGUCGACACACAGACCAGGAAGUCCACGAGAGGAGGUGUGACUCCGCAACCAAACCUGCGCCGGAGGAGGAACCGUGUAACGUUCAUCCCUGUCCACCAUUGUGAGUAACUCUGCAUGUGCAUAAACGGCUCUUUUUUUUAAUUCUCGAAAUUAAUCAUUUUAUUCAGCACGGAUGCAAUAAUUUGAUAAAAAGGGGCAGUAAAAAUGCAGCACAAAUGUUUUCAACAUUGAUAAUAAUGUUUAUUGCACAGCAAAUCAGCAUAUU